ACACAACAAAUUUGCAAAAGAAAUUGUAACACGAUUCUAUUGAGGUUUACAGGGAAAAUUUGAUGAAAUUGCAUGCGUGUGCAUGUGAAACCAUUUACAUGUAUCACUUGGACGGGUGUCAGGUGUCAUAAACACGGUAUACAACUUUGUUUGGCUUCCAUUGUGGGAAGUAAAACCACCUGUAUGGGAAGCUUGCCUAAGCCUAAAUUGUGCUUUUUAAUUAUCCACAGUGAGUGUUACGGAGCAUGAUUGCAUUUUGUUUCCAACUUUUCAGCACAGGGAGUUAUUUUGAAGUCGACAUUUUAGACGUAUCAGAACAAGAUCCACAAUAGUAGGCCUAACAACUUUCAGAUCGUUGGCGCAAAAUUUUGCAAAGAAGUGGCUGAAGUUAACAAACCUUGGGAUGGAUCUGUACGAUAAUGUUAAAUUCACUGAAGAGUCUAUUGACAACAUUACAGAUGAAGCAACCGACUGGGCAAACACCCAUGGCAUUGUUAUGAGGAAUAGAAAAGAUCUAAGGUUGAAUAAUUUUGCCCCCUUUACCCUGUUCCCCUCGCCGUUCCCAGAAUACCUUUACAAGGAGGCAUUCGACGUUCAUAAGCACUUUCAGUCCUUGAUGCUGAGAUGCAGUCGCGAUCAUGGUUUUCUGGAAUCGUCUUUGAAAAGUGUCAUUGUUCAUGAUGAAUUUACAAGAAAGUUAUACAAUAUCUACAAUAUAGUGAGAGAAGAAGGUAUAAAACAGCCCAUCACUGUGGAUCUGAUGCGAAAUGACUACAUGUUAGAUGACAAGCGAAAGACUAGUUACACAAAUGGACAUAAUGUAAAUGGAUCUUUGCAUAGGGAAUUUGAAAUUAAGCAGAUAGAGAUCAACAUGAUUGCAUCUUCAUUCUCAGGUCUUGGUUCACAAACCUGUAAACUACAUAGACACAUAUCAGAUGUUUUAAUGGACAAGUCUCCAAUAAAAAAUGAAAAGCUGCCACCUAAUGAUACAAUAGUUGGACUUGGUAGAGGUUUGGCAGAGGCCUGGAAGCUAUAUGGCAAUGAAAGUGCUACACUUCUUUUUAUUGUACAAGCUGGUGAAAAGAACAGAUACGAUCAAAGGCUUCUACAGUAUAGCUUUCAAGAAAGAAUUAAAGAGUUCAAACUAAAAAGAUAUGUUCCAAUCAUUUUCAAGUCAUUGGGUGAAAUCUUCAAAGAGGGCAAACUAACUGAGGACCACAGGUUGAUAAUAGGUGACCAUGAAGUGGCAGUUGCCUACUUUAGAGCUGGUUAUACACCAAAUGAUUACAUUACAGAGAAUUGCUGGAAAGCAAGACUUCUAAUUGAGAGAUCUAAGGCCAUCAAAUCACCAAAUAUUGCAGCCCACUUGGUCGGAAGCAAGAAAAUACAGCAAGUUUUAAGUGCCAAAGGCAGCGUUGAAAGAUUCAUUAAAGAUCCUGAGGCGGUCAAAAAGAUCCGAAGAACAUUUGCUGGGCUUUACUCUCUAGAUGAGGGACAGGAGGGUGAUCAAGCAGCUAAAAUGGCCCUAGCCAAUCCAGAAAACUUUGUUUUGAAACCGCAAAGAGAGGGAGGAGGUAAUAACUAUUAUGGAGAAGAACUUGUAUCUGUUCUGAAGGCCAUUAAAGAUCCAGUUGAGAGAAGUCAGUACAUUCUUAUGGACAAGGUUAACCCACCCGUUUACAAGAAUUUCAUUGUACACAUUGAAUUUGACAGACCAAAGUUGCUAGAUGUUGUGAAUGAAAUUGGUGUAUUUGGAAUUCUGAUAAGCAAUGAUGGUAACGAAGUGAUUAACGAGUCAGUUGGGUAUCUCGUACGUACUAAAAGCAUUGAGCAUGCUGAUGGUGGAGUUGCCGCUGGUCGGGCUGUACUUGACAGUAUUAGCCUGUUUUAAAACUUAAUUUAUUCACAACUUGUAGUUUUAAUGGAUUUCAAAAUGGCUCCUCUUUAACUUGCUAGGCGAAUAAAUUCGUUGGGCUAUGAACAAAAAAGCAAGAUGUUAUAAGUUACAGUAAAUUUAUACACUUAAAUAUGAAUGUUAAAUAUUUUCCUUAUUUGAUUCAGUUGAUUUAAAUUUUUCUUACUAAUAUCUUGACAAUCCAUAGCAUAACAAGAAUUGGAAUAAAAUAAUUUCUAGGUGACAACAAAAAAAUUAGCAUAUACUAAGCGACAAAUAAAUUUAAGUAAAUAUCUUUUUGCUUUGAAAUGUUAUUUUCGUUGUGAGACCUUUUCAGAAUCUUUAAAAUUCUCCAAUGAAAGAUAAUUAGUUAUUGAUUAUUUAUACUUAACACAGAAAAAAGCCAAAAAUAAGAAGAUUAGUGAUGUCAGUUUAAACUGAGACUUCUGGCUGUCUUUUCAGGAGAAACAGCGUUUAGUAUCUUGUUACAUUUUUCAAGUUCUAGCAGUUACAUUCUAUAAAACAAAUUUAACAAUCA